CAACAAUGAUAGGUGUCAUCUGUCACUGGUAUUAGUUAUUAGUGGAAAGACUGUUUUUGUAAUUUUGCAGGUGAUAUUUUCAUUUAAAGCUGGCAAAAAACCAGUAAAUCUAUCCCAAAACGUGUGAUAUGCUUUUAACGUGCCGCGUCCAGUGGUUAAAAUAUAAGUGUGAAUCGUCGAAACAGUCAAUAAACAGGUUGACAGAGGUCAAAGCAAAUGUACCUAACCUAUAAAAAAUAUAGGAUUUUUAUAGCAAUCGAGAGAGUUUUUGUUAAAAAUUCGCAAUUUCUAAGCAUCAUCCAACAUGUUCUGGAAGUAUAACACCACCCCCUCUUCAUCACAGAUUGAUACCCUUUUUGCCAAGGAGGAUGUCACUCUGGAGGAAGUCAUGGACUCUGAAGACAUUAUUAGCGAGUGCAGAGUCCAGAAUAAAACUCUAAUUGACUUUUUGUUAAAGCCGGAAGUUAUGCAGGAAUUGGUCAGUUUGACCACUCGCGAACCUUCAGUAGAGAUUAGCGAGAACAUCAGAUUCAAAUAUCCCAACAUUGCCUGCGAGCUAUUGACCUGUGAUAUACCAGCUAUUAAUGAACGGCUGGCAGGCGAUGAAAGACUGUUGGAGAAACUCUACGGAUUCCUGGAGAAUGAGCCACCUCUGAACCCACUGCUGGCUUCCUACUUUAGUAAGAUAAUGGGCGGCCUUAUCGCAAAAAAGACUGAACAGAACUGGCUGUCCUAUCAACUCACGUGCUUGCAGGUCCUAGAUUUUUUAAAAGCUAGGGACACUUUUCUGCCCUUGCUGAUCAGUCACUUGGGCACGUCCGCUAUCAUGGAUCUCAUGCUGAAACUGAUGACCCAAGUGGAAGGCAUUGAAAUGCGACAGAACAUUUUGAAUUGGCUGGACAGUGAAAGGAUAAUUCAGCAGCUGAUUUGUCUGCUGAACCCGAAGGUGGAGAAGAAAAGGCACGACAAUGUUGCUCAAUUAUUGUGUGAUUUUCUCAGGACCGCCAAGGAUGUCCAGCGCAGCUGGAACGAGCGAGCUGAUCCCGAUCCUCUGCUGCUUACGCUGGAAUCCUCCGAAACCAUCAAAUUACUUCUAGACCAAAUGUUCGAUGAUGGAAAGUGCGAAAGUUCUAUAGUGGGCGGCAUUCAGAUCCUGAUGGUGCUUUUAGAUGUUAACCAACAGAAUGCACCAGUUAGAAAUGACAUGCUAGUAGUCGAGCCUUAUUCAUACGAGCACAGAAGCAACUAUGAAGCCGCCGAAACGGAACAAAAACGAAAAAUAGUGUCGAAUACUGUCCAAGCAAUUGCGACCAGAUUAAAGGAAUUCCACGGACUUUUAUUAGAUCCCCCUAAGCAACCUUCGGUAUUAACCACUACAGGCAUUUUGGACCCGCCAGUCGGCAAAACGCGACUUCAAGUGGUGCGACUGCUCAGCCAUCUGAUCCCGUUGAACUCCCUUGAAUUGAACAUGGAGCUGAUCAAUUUAGGAACCUUCCCAGUCCUUUUGGAUCUGUUAUUAAAGUACCCGUGGAACAACUUUUUGCACACCCAUGUAGAGAACUGUCUGGCACAUGUUUUGGAAAUGGCGAUCCCAUUUCCACAACCCACCGAAGGAAAGAAGGUCUCCGAUUUGUGUGAUCAUUUGGUAGGCCAAUGUAAUCUAAUAGAAGUGAUAAUGAAAGCGUGGAAGGACAACGACGAGCAGCAAGCGGAAAAGAAGGCGAUUAGACAGGGCUAUAUGGGCCACUUAAUCAACUUAGUCAAUCGCAUAGUUAAGAUCUCGAAAAAUACCGAGAUUGCCGAUCAUCUGAAAACCCUGAAGCCGGAAGUGGCUGACGCUUUGGAGGAAUUGCGGAUCACUAAACUGGCCGAAGUGAUGGAGCAGCAGGACAUGCUUUUGGGCGGGCUUCAUCCGAGCAGCUUAAUGGAGAACAGCGAGGAGAUUGAGGAUAUACCAUUUGCUUUGAACAGCACCUUACAACAACAGUGUUAUGCCCAGUACCAGCUUCAGAACAUGCCCCCGCUGUACAUGGAGGGCUACAACGGUUUCAAAGACAACACGUUUAACGACGGCGAAGACACUUUGCAGACUAUGGAGAAUCCCACGGGCGUCAGCUUUGACCUAUCAGAAACCGAUAUGAUGUUGCGCGACACCAUAUUCAAGCAAGUAUGCGCGCAGAGCAUCAACACGAUGUUCGAUGCAGAUGAUCAAGUUUUCGAGGAUCCAGACCACACUUUCCAGACUGUGAUCGAGAAGAAGGAUCAAGGUGAUGUGGCCGAGAACAGCAGCGAUAGCGACGACGAGGUCCCAAAUGACGAGGAGAAUAUGGAUGUCGAUCCAUGGGCGUCUGCCAAAAGCGAUCCAUGGAGCACGUUGGCGUCCAGCAGUAGCCCGAAACUGGCAACAAAUUGGGCGGAUUUUAGUGCGGCCGCGUUUUCUGAGCCGCCAGCUUUCGCCGCCACUUUCGACUCGCCCAGCCCAAAGCAAGCGGAAGAACCAGUUCAGCCACAAGCCGAGGCGCCAUCGGAUAGUGAGAAGAAAGCGGCCGCUGGCGAUCAUCCAGAUGCAGCGGCUGCGGUCAAAGUCGAGGACAGCACCAGCAGCAGCUGUUCGCAGCCGUCCAAGUCCCUAGUAGGAGAUGCGUGCAAGCCUGCAGACAAGCAGGAAAAAUCACCUGAAAAGUCCAAAACAGAGCAGCAGGAGAAAGUGUGAGAUGAUGGGAGCUUGAAACAUUGCAAACCUUAAGUAAAGUAAUUACAAAAAAAAAACAACAAAGUGAAUUUGCCAUACGAGCGAACAAUUGCUGACUUAGUUAAUCGAUUUUCUACUGCGGACUUUUCUACAUGAUGGGUGGAGACGUACCUUAGGACAAUAUGGAUAAGGCUGCUGCUGUAUGUGCGUGUGCUUACUUAGCAUCAUAAUACAGGCGAAAUUUUCGUUUCACUUAAACUGCAUGUAAGUAUUUAUAUAGGCUCCACAUUGCCUUCUAGGGUGAGGGAAUUGUGAUGGAACUGGUUUUAAAAUUUCCUAAAGCGAACGUGUGAUUUUGAGAAAUUUGCUCAUAGAUCUGCGAAUUUUUCCUUUUUUUGCCCCCAUUGUCUGACUGUUUACCUUUUUGUGUUAGUCACAGGCUGACAGUCCUGUGUGUGUGUAGUUGGUUACUAAUCUAGUAGUAAAUUCAGUCCGGUUACUUUUACCAAUGGUUGUGUUGAUUUCGAGUUAAGUUUGUCAGCAGUUGGAGUUCUCACGCUUCAUUAAUUUUAUUGGAAAAUUCAGCUAAACAUUUUCAGUUUUUCCUCUUCUUUGACUCAUUUGAGUAGCAUUUCAACCACGUGCCUCCAAUACUUGCAAAGACGAUCUGUGAUUAUUCCCGUUCUGUAAUUCCUGCAGCCACGGGCGUAGGGCAAGGAAAAGGGUAGUUUAAUCGAAUUUCUUCCUCGAUUAGAGACACUAAAUAAUCUUUCUAAGAUAACAGUUACCAAACAAAACCGUUCUCUUGCCUUUAGCCCAAGCUGUUCAACAAUCCUUUGCUGUUUGCUGUUGUAGUUUAUUAUGAAGGGCCGAGGGUGCUUGAAAAGCCAAGCACUUCUAGGCCCUUGGUUAUGAUCAUUCGUUUAGCAAUAUUUUAUUAUAAAUAUAUAUGUAUAAGGUUGAAUCCGAAUCCUGUAUUUCCUUUAGGUAAUACCUGUGUUUAUUUUUAUCGUCACAAAGAGGACGUUUAGUAGAUUGUCGAUAAAAAUCAGGUGCGUAUGUUGUGAUAUACGGAAUAAUCCCUUGCGCGGCCAAUUGUAUCAAACAGUGUAUCCAUCGAAUCUAAGGACUUUUCAAACAUAUACAGGGUGAUCAAUCAAUUCAAUAGAAGCGUGCCACUUUUAAUUUUUGUUUGUCGGUGGUUUAAGCUGGUAUGUAUUUCUUCACCCUGUGUGAGCGACUUAAGUUUUUUUGUGUAUAAUUUUCGCCCUUAUGUAAUUUAGUACAAAGUAAAGCUAUUGGAUGACCAACGUGUUUUGGUAACCGGCUUUUUUUGUAUUCAGCUCCUCUACGGGCCCAUGUUCGCAAGUAGUCAAUUAAUAACCGCUUUAUCGAACCGGCCUUGUAGCGUGGCGAUCAAAAAUGUGAUCGGCCAAUUUUUCACUGAAGUUGGGGGGUUUUUCUCCGCAAAAAGGGGCCGAAGAAUUGUACAUUUCUCAUGAAAUCAGUGCCUAGGUAUUAUUGUAUAUUUUUAACGUUCAUCUACCGUUUGUUUAAAGAAACUAUUCCAUGUCUUUAAAUUGGUUUAAAGUAAUAUUAAUAAAAUAUAAGUAUUUAUCA